UUGCUUUAUUUCCAGGAAGCAACAUGCGAACCUCCCGUGGAUUCAGCUUCCCUUCCAUUGGAACAUCGAGGCGGCGCGUACGGCCCUCCCCUCCCGCCCGCACAUUCAGACGACCCCUGGCCCCUCGCCACACCAGACAGCCCGAAAAUAAAACACCUACAAGUCCAAUGCGAAAAAACACAUAUGCGAGUCAACAUAGAAUUCGACCGUCCCUUCUACGGAAUGAUAUUCUCCAAGGGAUUCUACAGCGAUCCUCAUUGUAUGCACCUCAAACCUGGCACGGGACAUCUGAGCGCCACGUUUGAAAUAUUCCUCAACAGUUGCGGCAUGUCCAGCUCUGCUAACCAUAACGUCGCAACUUACGGCAGUCCGACACCGAGCGGCUCAUACGUUGAAAACACAAUCAUAGUCCAAUACGACCCAUAUGUUCAAGAAGUGUGGGAUCAAGCGCGAAAGUUGAGAUGCACGUGGUACGACUUUUACGAGAAAGCAGUCACGUUCAGGCCUUUCCAAGUUGAUAUGUUACACGCUGUUACAGCUAACUUUCUCGGGGACAAUUUGCAAUGCUGGAUGCAAAUACAAGUCGGAAAAGGGCCUUGGGCAUCGGAAGUGUCGGGUAUAGUUAAAAUAGGACAAACUAUGACAAUGGUUCUUGCUAUCAAAGAUGACGAAAAUAAAUUCGAUAUGCUCGUAAGAAACUGCGUGGCCCAUGAUGGAAAACGGGCGCCGAUUCAGCUAGUUGACCAAUACGGAUGUGUCGUGAGGCCGAAGAUUAUGAGUAAAUUCCAGAAAAUAAAGAACUUCGGUCCGUCAGCCUCCGUAGUAUCAUUCGCAUACUUCCAAGCGUUCAAAUUCCCCGACUCCAUGAAUGUUCACUUCCAGUGUGUAAUCCAGGUGUGUCGCUAUAAUUGCCCUGAACCAAAGUGCGGAGGGCUAGGUGCUGAUUAUGGAGUGCCUUUACUUGGUGGAAACGCAUUAAGUUCUGGAGAAUAUGGUUUACCAAACGCGGGACAUGGCGAAUACGGUCCCCCGCCGCCAGUACCUCACUCAGAGUAUGGAGUACCCCCCGCAUUCCCGGACCCUAGACAUCCAGCCGACGUUGCUGGGGCAUACUCUGAAAAACGUGACGACACCGUACCUCCACCCCAAGCGCAGGUUUCAUCAACCCCUAACGCACCUAGUCCAUCAUCACCCGCACCCUCUCGAGACGAAGAUGACGUCAAUCUACCUCCGCCUCCUCCACCAGGAAGACGAGGAGUGUACAACACGGUCAAACGAAAGGACGAGGGACACCCCAAUCUGGCAACAUUAGGCGGACGGCCUAGAUCUGUGGAAGACCUACCAGAAAGUUUGGUCGGAAUAAGAAGGAGACGAGAGACAUCAGUAUCAGCGACGACUCGCAUAUACAAACGGGACGCUCAAGAAAUGACAGAUGUGAAUACGAGCCGAACCAUACAAGUGGUUGCACCGGGUGACGUGAACUUCGCUUUAAACAACGCGGCGACAAACGAAACCGUAGUCAUACAAUCGCCAGCGAGUGAUCCGGAGACCAUAUGUAUGUCCGUGCCAUCGUUCGUAGCUGGGCUCGUCAUGUUACUCCUAGUGUUAGUGGUAGCUUCUCUAGUGGCCGCAUUCCUUUUCGUCCGCGUCCGCGCUCUCGAUAGGAAAGGCGCGCACGGAGCGGCCGCUUACUACGAAACGGAUUACGUUAAACACACGAAUUAA